GAAAGUUCGCUGCGAAGGUUGCUGUAGAAAGCUGAACUACGAGGAGAAAAACACCUGUGGAGGCUGGAUCAGACCAAGUCAGUCUCGUCUUGGUCCCUGCCGCAGACGCUGUUGUGGAGCUACUCGCCACAAGUUUUUGUGCCAGUCAAGCCGUAAUUUUAACAUUCGCUGCAUUCAUUACAUUCAUUUAGUCCCUGUCAAAUCGUAACACUGCUAUUAUUAAAAAGCACGCGUACUUAUAAUUGUUGCGUUGUCGUGAUCCUGUGUUUGCAGAGUUACCUGUAAUUGUUACGUGCAGUUUUGUGCUGAAACCUCGCAAAUGCAUAGCGUCAUACCCAAAGGAACGUUCUUAGACUAGUGUGAAGUUUUUGUUUCAAAAUAAGGAUCAAUGAGGUGCCAAUCUACAAGAACUUAAUAGUGGUUAAACAUGAAAUUGGCAAGAGUAACAGCAGCAAUAUGAGUUUGUUGCAGGAGCCGGGCAGGAUGAGGUGAAGCUGGACUGAGCGGGGGAAGGAUGCUCAAGUGGCUGCUGGCAGGAGCCUCUUCACGUCAGACCGCUUGUGCUGCCCCCACCGAGAUUGUAACUGACGACCCCCUGGCCACGAUCUGCGCGCACAAGGUGGACCGGCCACUGGAGAUCUACGCAGUCAGCAGAGUGAAUCCUCUCUUCGACGAGGAAGACCCGAAGACCCAGCAGCAGCACGGUUCUCCGGAGUUCCCUGACAAAUCCGCGAGUUCCGGCUAUGGUAGCCACAGGUACAACUCGUCCUCAGAGAGCGGGGCGGAGGAACCGACGGAGACCGCGACCCUGCGCGAUGGCUACACGCGUCGCACCAGCGCAGUCACGCUGAGUCCAAUUCCGGAGGGCAAAGUUGACCACUGCGUCCCGCGUCCUGUGUGGCCGCAAAGCGCCACGACCUGCGACCGGAAUACUGGAAAGGCGACGGAAGGCUCACACAAAUCGUCACAAGAAAUGCUCAGGGAGUUCCCAAACACGACCAAACAAAAUGCAAUGCCGGAAGAUAAUCUUAAACUUGAAUCGCUACAGAGGAAUUCUUCUUGCGAGGAAGUUCUCAGGAAGUUGUCGGUGACUAUGAGUAACAGGGAGCCACUGACGAAAAUGUCUCGAGCUCUUAGUAACAGCAGCAGUAGCAACGGUGGGUCUCUGAGGGUCCGGCCUUUGGAUAAGAGGGGGACCACCCGGAAAGGAAGAGUGUCGUCGUCUUCCUCGACGAGUAGCAGCGGGUUCUCGGACCUGACCCACACAACGCCCAGUUUGUGUUCCAGCCAGCCGCCCGUAUUUCUGCACGAACACUUGUCCAGUGUGCCGAACUGCGUUAGGAAUGCGAUGUUGUGCGGGACAUGGGGGUCCGGAGACGUGCGCCUCAAGUCCUCAUACUGCCCGUCCCCCGGGAGGCUCGACUUCACGCUGGACAUGCAUCGCGCCGAGCAGCUGAUGGUGAGGAUAAAGGCGGCCAAGCGGAGGCGCUGCUGGUGCCGGGUGGUGACGUCACUCCUCGGUCUCGUGUUCUUCCUCAUGUCUGUCAUGGUGGUCAGUAUGCUACUUACCCGGGGCAAGAGGGUGUUCGGCCCCAUCUGAUGUGAACUACGCUACCGGUACACGGCACUUUUAGCAGUUUCGUCAUUUUACAUGGGAAAUAGAAAUACUUUCCCCAGUUCUCUUUAGUUGAAUGUUAUUGUCCGGUAUUUGCAGUGUAAUCAGGUUUCGCCCGAGGAAGUAAGAAAGACGACGGACAGCAAGAAGCUGUAGGUCGCAGGACUGAUUUAGGCAGGCGUGAGGAGUACAAGGCGAGGUUGGUGUCGUGAUUUCUGUUUCUGUGUCAUUAACACGUGGCUCUAAGCCGCUUUCUUGAGGCAGAAAAUUGCGGCCUCAGAACAUACUCAGAAACUGUAGCUGCAGAUGUAAAGUACCGAAAACUGACUUCGCCGUGUUCUGGCCGGUAGAGAGUUGUGGCUGACAUUUUAAAAUGUUUUAUGUAGUUAUGAAAAGGUAAGUAUUUAUCGAUGUACCAGAUAUUUAUGUAAAUCUCUCAUUGAGUAUUUUACGAGUCAUAAAAGAAAAUUAAUUCAUGAAA